AUAGCUAAAUCAAUUUUUGAUCACCAGAAAAAACACGAAUGAAACAUGGCAGCGCCCAUUGAAGAUCUGGAGCAGUCAUCGUCUGAUGAUUAUUACGCUAUUCUAAACGUCAGGAGAGAGGCGGACCAAGAUGAGCUGAAGGCUGCCUAUAGACGCAUGUGUAUGCUGUAUCACCCUGAUAAACACGGUUUGGAUGCAGACAAGGAAACAGCAGAGGCCAUCUUUAACAACGUUCAAGAAGCGUAUACAGUUCUUAAUGACCCGACAAAGAGGGCCAUCUAUGAUGUAUAUGGCAAGAAGGGACUUGAAGCAGAUUGGGACCUGGUCCCAAGAACCAGGAGUCCUCGGGAGAUCAGAGAAGAGUUUGAGAGGCUUGAAAAACUGCGGGAAGAAAGGAGGCUUCAACAAAGCACAAAUCCAAGGGGAGUUAUCCUGGUUGGAAUCGAUGCUACUGAUGUCUUUGAUCAUUAUGAAGGAUACGAUGAAGAGCAUAGCGGUGUACCUUCUAUAGAGAUCAAGAGCAUGUCUAUAUCACAGUCCCUGGACGCUCCAUUGAAUACCUCAGACACAGCCAGCUUCUCUGGUAACCUCGUCACUCAGAACGGCAACGGUCAGGGCAGCAUCACCGGCUCUAUCAGGAGAGUGACAUCCCCACAGUCAUGGGGAGAGUUACAAGUGUCCGGUGGUUCAGGUCCAUCGUUUGCUUUGAAAUACUUCAGGCAUAUAACGAAGAGAAGCUUUGCAACUUGCUCAGGUUUAUUCCAAGUAACACGCACAGGAGCUGUGGUGCCUGGACUUGUGUUAGUUGGUGCUAGGCAGUUAGAUAGAAAUACCAUGGGCUACCUUACGUGGAAGGCCGGUCUGCAAUCUUCCAUGAAUUCAACGGUAGUUAGAGAUGCCAAAGAAAGCAACAUCUCCUGCCAACUUCAGCUUGGAAUUCCUAAUACAUUUGCCAGUCUUUCCUAUACCAAGAAGUUCAUUGAAAGUGAAGGCAGAAUGACUGCUUCUGUCAAAGCUGGAGCAUUUGGUGUUCUGCUAGAGUACGGCGGCGAGAGGAAAGUUUCAAAGAAUAAUCGUCUUGGAGCUAAGAUGAGCGUAGGUUAUCCCACCGGGGUCUUUCUUAGAUUACGAGCAAGCAGAGCGAAUCAGACAAUUGUAUUCCCGAUCCACCUCUCUCAAGAAAUAAGCCCUCAAGCAAUAUUCUACGGCACCGUAGCACCUCUAGCUGUCUACUGGAUCAUCAAGGUUCUUGUGGUUAAUCCAUAUCUACAGAAACAGAAAGAGAAUGAUGUUGAGGAGGAGAGGUCUAGGAAUAAAGAUGUAAUCGAAACAAAGAAAAGAGAAGCUGAAGCCUCGGUGAGACUGAUGGCAGAGAUGGUAAGGCGGAUCAUAGAGUUUGAAACAAGUCGUGAAGGUCUAAUCAUCGUCCAAGCAUGGUAUGGGAAGCUGAUCACGACCAAUGGCUCUAGUGAUGAUCAACAGAUGAAUGGUUUAGUGAUCGAUGUUAAGAUACCUCUACAGUGCCAGGUUAAGGAUUCAAAACUCAUCUUGACUGAUGUAUCCAAGUCGAGUCUUCCAGGUUUCUACGACCCAUGUCCGGGCGAGGAUAAACAGCUGAAAGUCCGUUAUGAAUUCCGUCAAACCCUCCAUGAAUGUACCAUUGACGAUCCAGAACAACUUAGGAUACCAAGGCAAUCACACAAAAUGGACCCAAGUUGAGGAAGGCUGAUUUCUCUACCCAGCAAAUACUAUACAUAUAGAAAGAGGCAUUUUUACCUUUCAACAAGCCUUGCUCUGGGUUUUUAUACCAUCCCCUAUUUCAUUCAAUGUGUUCAACCUGUUUGCAAUGUGUCCCAAACCAGAAUUUGAUCCCUGAGAAAUGCUCAAUUUUUAAAGAAAAUAUCAUUUUAGAGGAAGAAAUUCAUGAAUCUUUAAAAUUGAAUGUCACAGUGAUUUUAUUUUACCUUUUCUCCACCUCAUAGUGACCUUGUUGGUAGCAUGAAAUGUUACCAAACCUGCAAUGCUAACAUAAUCUGUAAACAUCUGUCACUGUAUUGAGCUUAUGACAGACGUGCGCUCAAAAGAAUCCAUUGCAGUAUUAUCAUUUUGCCAGCAAAUUCAAAUUUUUAACGAUAGACUCUUAAAUGAAUGAAGUUAGAAACGGCUUUGGCUCGUAGAUUUUAUGAUCUGAAGAAUAAUUUUUGCAUUAUCCAACUAUUGAACUGUUGAUUAAUGACAAGAGUAAAGCACACAAAUAAAAGUCCAGUUAGUUAGCAACCACUGAUACAUUGGUAAUGCAGCGAUCUAUCACAUGGCUGUACAAUGGUAUAUUUUGGAUGGUACAUGUAUGUGUGCAAUAUUAGAAAUAUUGCCUCUUCAGUUUAUGCAUCAUAAACCUUUUUUUGCAUGGUAUUACAUAUAUGUAACAUGCUUCAGAAGUCUUUACACUGAUCUUCCAAUUUACCAUCAACUAAACGGUAUUCCUGGACAUGGCUCUUUUAUCUAUUUGUUGUACCUGGCUCUAUAACACAAAUGUUUGCAACUUUGCGUCUAUGGCAAUCACAUGCAAUCCAUUGUAAACCUAAUAGUUACAAGCAUGUUUAUGUGAGAUUCAUUUUAAACGUGAUGGUAUAGUCCAGGGGCCCCGUUUCAUAAAACUGGUUAUAAUAACAAAUUUCCAAUAACAGUUGAAAGCUACUGAAAUCCUCAAACCUGAUUGGUUGAUAGUAAUUUGUUCUAGAAAUUGCGCAGUUGGUAUUAUAACAAGUUAUAACAAGACUCUAUGAAAUGAGACUUUGUUUGGACACUAGUGAGAGUGAAGCUCCCAACUCAAUUCAGUGUUGCUACUUUAAUUGAGGUGGGGGGGGGGGGGGAGGGAUAACUUUAGUGAGUCUCCAUCUAUGUUUGGCUUUGAGGAAAGAAACUUCUCCCUUCACAAGGGUCCAAAUUGUAUACAUACCAAUAUGAUGGUCUCAAGGAUUUUUCUUAAAGCCUUCCAUUGUACUUUGAUAAUUCUAGAAGAGCAACCAAGGACCACUUUUAGAUGAUGAAUUGAGCCUAAAACCCAAGCCAUUCAAGGGUUUUUUUCUUGUCGUUAGUGAGCCUCUUGAGUCUUCCACAAGGACUUUCUUGCAUUCCUCAUUGUUUCCUUAUGCAAGGCUCCACACUAACUUUUUUUUAGGGGCCCGAAUAGUCAACCAAAAGCACCAAUUUCAUAAUUUUGGUGGCCCACAAAGCAAAUUUGGUGGCCCUAAAACAAUAGAAAACAUUACAAUUUAUCAAAACUUUGGUAGCCAAACCGGGCAACAAAGUGUGGGCUUGUAAACAAUUUUGGUGGUCCAACUCUCAUUUCUGGUUGCCCCGGGCCACUGCUAAUGUCGAGCCCUGGCUUUAUGAUGAAAAGAUGUGAGCAGGAUUCCUGAGGAAAUGACAAGGCUCUGACCUUUGCCUAGGUGCUUAAUUGAUAAUAUGCUUCAGACCAAAUGAUACAUGUAUUUCAGAUUAUAUUACCUUGCAAACCAUCCUUGAUAAACUAUUGCGUGGAACAGGGACGCAACACCCAUCGUCAAAAAAACUUCAAAUAGUACCUUUGCCAGUAAUCGCCCAUGAUGUAUUUGUUGUUUGGCUGUUUAGCCCAUUUCUAUAGCAUUAUUGGCAAAGUUACCAUCAAUGACAAGUUCUAUGCAAUAGGGGUCUUUGUGCUUGUGAGAUCCAUUUUCUUGCUCCUAUUGAGCUCAAAUCGUUAUUCAUAGACAAAGUCUUCUUUAUUUAAGAGCUUUAUAUGGUCAAUGAAUACUGAAUAUUAUAUUAUUCUCAUGAUGUGAAAUAAAAACAUUUUUUGAGAAAAU